AUGUUCUUCUCUUACUGGCACACUGGGGCUGAAAGCACGAAGACAACAAUGUCUAAGCUCAAAAAUGGCUUUCCUGAUGAUUUGCACGACUUUUAUGAACACCUAAAAACUACGACAAACGAGAAGGGUCCACGCCAAGCCUCUUCCCCUGCACGCACGCAUCUCCCACAAAGCCCCGCCGUGGUUCGGGGUCCCACGGCUGACACACUUCCCGUCCACAACUCCCAGUCCUUGGGAACAUCGACGCCCCAAACCCUAACUUCUCGUCCCACACUCGCUCAGCCCCGAAGCCUCCAGGGCUUCUCCUGGCUGCUGCCCUCCGGACUCCCGAGCCCGCCCAGCCUCUCCUCGCACUCCUCCACGCCCCCGAAGACCUCACCCCUCCACAGCAGGCUCCCCCGCCUCCAGCCCCGAGGCCCGGCCCAGGCAUGUGGGGCAAGCACCUCCUCUGCCGCCCCUCACGCCAGCCUCGGCCCGGCCGAGAGCUUCCCCACCCUGAGCAGACCCUCGGGGCAAGGGGUCUGGGGAGGACGACAUCCGACCCGCUCGUCCCUCCACGGCUCGCCGCCCCCGAGAGCUGGAGAGCGGAGCCGCCUGUCGGGUUCCGCAGGGAGUAGGAGCCCAGGCCGGUACCCCCCCGGCGCCGGACCUCCCCUACCGCGGGAGCGGAGGGGGAAGAGGCUCCCCGGGACUCACCUGGAGCCUGUUGUCAACAUUAGCCCCGGGUUUCCCAGCACCAACUCCAGCGCUCCGGCUCUCCCCUCCCCUCCCCCCACCUCUCUCGCAGCCGAGGGCCCGCCUUCCCUCAGCUCCCCCUCCUCCCUCCGCCCGUCGGCUCUCCCGCCCGCCACUCACCAACGCGGCCGGGCUGCCGGGGGGCGGGGCGACGGGAGGGGGGCCAGGGAAAGGCUGGCCGCGCUGCCGUCCAACCCAAAGUCACCCCCGUCCCCGGUCCUCGCUGCGUGUUCAGCCCCUCGCCUUGGCGCCGAAGCGGUAGCUGUAGACCGGAUAUUAAAUAUGUGCUACGCACUUCAGUGA